AUGCAACAAUUGUUAUCGGUGGCCAUACGAGAAAUUUUGCCUAACAAAGUCAGGCUUGCCAUAACUCGGCUGUGCUUUUUCUUCAAUUCUAUAUGUAGCAAAGUUCUUGAUCCUGUGAAGUUAGACGAACUGGAAAAUGAGGCUGCUAUUAUAUUGUGUGAGUUGGAGAUGUAUUUUCCGCCUGCAUUUUUUGACAUCAUGGUUCACUUAAUUAUUCAUCUAGUCAGAGAAAUCAAGGACCAACUAGAGGAUUCAAUCACAGAAAAAGUCACUCGACGGCUAAUGUUAUCCCUCAGCCAAAUGCAAUCACAGGGACUCGCACUGCCUCCUGAACCUGAUGUUGGUCCUUCAGCUGCUCGUGUCAGCACAAAGGAGAGUUGUGUUGAUCCCUCAGGGAACGAUCUAGACACCGGUGACUCAUACAAAUGUGGGUUGUAUAUUGAAGAAUAUCCUUCUCGCCUGGUUGCCCUGGGAAGAGUUUAUGAGGGAUCUACAACAAUUCACAACAUUCCUUUGCUGCAUGAUCAAGUUAAGGUUGGUGUUGAGGAGAUUAGAGAUGUAGAUGCUCCCAUUCCUGUACCCACUAAAGAGGUUAAGGUCGUGGGACAGACUCUUAACACAUUCCUUGCUUGGCCGACACAUCUAGUCAAGCGUUUAUCAGAACAGGGAGCUGUGAGACCCGCGAAACCUGCAGAUAGGCCGGAUGAUGAGGUCGAUGAUCCGCUAUAUCUAAUGACAUUGACCAUUCCACAGCUUUUUCUGAAGCCAUUGCAGGUUAUGUGGGAUGCUACCUUGUUUGGCCUAUUUAAUGAAAACUUUCCCUUGUACAUAAAGCAUGAAGAUCUGUCUGAAAUUGCACAUGGUGGUCAAUGUCUCAGCAUAUCUGUUAUACAGUUGUGGAUUCUGCAUAUGACUGAGACAAGUAUGCGAGCUGGGAAUAUCGAUGUGUAUGGAUUCCUCGAGCCACAUAUUGUGUAG